AUUCGAACUGCACCCUUAAAAUAAUGAAACAUGAAUAGUUGGCAGCACUAACAAUAUUUUUCAAGAACUUUGUCGGGUGUGUCGGGUGAAAUUUGCUUGCACUACAAAUAAAAAUAUAUUUUAAUUUUUUGCAUUAACAAAUCAAAUAUGUGUAAUACCAAUUUCUCUUACUUUAUCUAAUUUAAAAAAUAAAUAAAAAUAAUGUCUUUCAAUUACACGAACCUUGGGAACAUAUUGCCUUUGUAUAAUGCAUUAGCUAGUAACGCAAAUUCCAUUGCCGGUCAUUCAAAUUUUGCUAAUCCUCUAAAUGCUGCCAUCACUACAACGGCUGUGGGUCCAAUAGCAAAUGCAACUUCUACAACAACAUUAAAUAUUAAACAUAAACCUCCUGAUAACUCACAAAAAGUAAAUACCUCGACAGUAUCAAAAAUGAAACCUAAUCAAGGUGCUGCUCCAAUGGAUUUGGAAAAUGACUCUGAAGUAGAAAUAGUAUCGAAUAAUAUAGUAAAACCAACUAAUGUAAAAGUGUCAAAACAUGGAGAUGAAGUGAACAAAAUUCCUAUGAAUAUGCAUGAUCCCAAUUUGUACUUAAAUAGUCUAAUGUCUACUGGUUUAAACGCUUCUGGUUAUAUGUUUUUCCCCACUGCUGCUGGUAUAGGGCCUAACACAACAGCUGCUGCCACAAACUCAAUGCUUAUGGAUACGACCACUAUGAUGGCAGCAGCUAUGCAACAAAUGCAACAAGCUUAUCCAGCAGGAUAUGGAAUAACGGAAAAUAACUUAGAAGCGGCGCAAUUAGGAAAUAGUUCAGACACGUACAAUGUCACAUCAACCACUUCAAUGAAAGAAGUAAUUAAAACUAAAAGUUGUAUACUAUUUCCACCAAAUCCAAAUGCUCCACCACCAACAAUUCGUGAACGACCACUGGGUUGUCGCACUGUUUUUGUAGGUGGUCUACCGGAAAAUAUAACAGAAGAGAUUAUACGUGAAAUAUUUGAAUCUUGUGGUGAGAUUACUACACUUCGUAUGUCGAAAAAGAAUUUUUGCCACAUACGCUAUCGUCAUGAAUCAGCAAUUGAUCGUGCCAUCUAUUUGUCUGGUUACCGUGUGCGCAUAUCUAAUGUAAGCGAGCCAGCAAACUUUGGCCGCUUGCAUGUUGAUUAUGCUCAAGCACGUGAUGAUCAAUAUGAUUAUGAAUGCAAGCAACGUCAAGUGCAACGUGAACAAAGACACCGUGAACUUAUGUCGCAUGAUCGUUUGCGUUCGCAAUCACCUCCACCAAUACCACAUUAUUCAGAUCAUGAGUCUACAUUAGUUGCGGAAAAUCUGCGUAAUAAUGAAACGUUUUUAAAGGCUGUGCAGACAAUAACUGUAUGGUUGGAACGUGGUGAUUGCAGUAAAAGAAAUGCUAAUGUUUUUUACUCUAUGAUACAAAGUACACAUGCGCACGUACGUCGUCUGCACGCAGAUAAACAACAAUUAGAAGAUGAUUUACGUAAGGCUCGAGAAUGCUACAGAAAGCAAAUGCUUACCAUGUCAACGCAAUUCACUCAGAUUGAAAAAGUGUUCAAUGCUGCUAGUCACAAGAAGGUUUGGGACCAUUUCACCAAAGCCCAAAGAAAAAACAUCGACCAGUGGAAGAAGUUUGCGACGGAGCUGCGGUCGAUUCAAAUCGAAGACGAUGAAAUGGAAAUGUCCGACGAUGAGCGGGAUAAUCAAUCGGGACACACCAAGAGAACGCGCUAUGACAGUGAGGGUCUUAAGGACGAAAAUGAUUCUUUACGUUGUCAAUUGGAAGCAAUACGCAAUGAAAUGUCCUUAGAGAGAACAGAUAUAAAGUACGAUAGUGACUUCCGUGAAAAGCAGAUUAAAGUGCUGCAGGAAACUAUUAGAAAUAUGCAAACGCAGUUAUUGCAAACGAAAUUGCGUGAACAGAAGGACUUGAAGACAAUUGAACACUUGGAACGGAAGCUAAAACAAGCGGCUGUUAAGCAAUUAUUGUUAAAAACUAAAAUACGUGAAACUGAAGUAAAAUCUAAAGACAAAGAUAAGGAAAAAGACAUGGGAACUCCUUCAAUCUCGGAUACUAGUGAGAUUUUAUGUGACGAACAUGAGCUGCCAGACUGUGAUGAAGUUGAUGAUUUUGUAGAAAUUGAAACAAGUUUAAUUGAAAAACCAAAAGAACCCAAUUAUGAAGCAAACAUAAUCGAUAUAGAUUUAUGUAAAAGCGAUGAAGAUAUACGUAUUGUGGAGGACCAAGGUGAUGUAGUAGAAAUCCAUGAAAUAGAUGACGAUGAUAAACAAAAUCAAAUUAGUGAAAGUAGAAAUUCUAUAACCAAAAAGGAUUUAAACGUAAAACAAAAUUCAAAUUCUGAAGAUAAAAUAACUUCAGAGACAUGUAAAAAGGUGGAUACAACAAAUGAAGUAGCCAAACUGAAUGUCUGUACAGCACUUGAACUUACUGAAGCAAAAAUAAUAGCUCUAACUACCGCUUAUUUGGUGGUACAACCCUUCGGUAUGAAGAGUGACGCAAUUUGCGCAUACGUUGUUAAAAUGAUGAAAUCCACUCCAUUGGAAACAAAACUGCUCAAUAAUAUUCUGCAGAAAUAUAAUAAUCUUUUUAAAGCAGACGAAAUAACAGCAGAUAGCAGCUUAAAUAUACAUUGGAGAUUUUGUGGGUUUUUGGAAGCGGAUCAAAAUUGAAGUGUACAUUUAAGAAUGCCAUUUAAUAAUAUCCCAUUAAGUUUAUACAUGACAAAUUUAUAUGUUAUAAAAUGAUGUGAAAAGCUUAUAUAAAAUACUCAUCCUCAGAAUUCUUUUUAAAAUAAGCUGGAAAGUAUAGAAUAAUGUAUUAUAGAUU